AUGCCUUUCUGGAUUAACUGUCAACGUAAUGCUCCGACUGGUUCGACGCAUACGCCAACGCCAGGCCCAGCUCCCAAGAGGACUCAGGGUCCAUCCACCCCGAAUUUCUACGACACAAGCAGUGCCAACCAGGGAACCAACUCAAACUGCGAUGGAGCAAGAUUCCGUAACGCAAAAGUUAGAGAAAACAACGCCACAAUCAGCAAUCGCAGAACAUACAGCAAGCUCACGGGUGCUGCCGAUCGACACGUCAUCGACAUGAACAGGCACAUCCUGAAGCGCCAGGGAGACUGGACAAGGCACUUGAGACGCAGUCAAGGCUACAGACACCUGUACCAGGGCAAGAUGCUGGGGCAGGAUGAUCAGAAGCUUUCUUUUCGAUCGGGUUAA